UGGCACCGCCUCAGCGCGCGGCCGCCGCCAUCCUCGGGCGCGCCCGGCUCGGGCCAGCGGCGCCGCGCGCUGACGUCACGCGGCGGCAUGGCGAGCAGCGGGCGGCGGCCUGAGCACCGCGGGCCCCCGGAGCUGUUCUACGAUGAGGCCGAGGCGCGGAAGUACACGCAGAACUCCCGGGUGGUGGAGAUCCAGUCGCAGAUGUCGGAGCGAGCUGUGGAGCUGCUGGGAUUGCCUGAGGACCGGCCCUGCCUCCUCCUGGAUGUGGGCUGUGGCUCUGGGCUGAGUGGGGAUUACAUCUCUGAAGAGGGUCACUACUGGAUUGGCAUGGACAUCAGCUCAGCCAUGCUGGAUGUGGCUGUGGAGAGGGAGGCGGAAGGAGACCUUCUCCUUGCAGAUGUGGGUCAUGGCAUUCCCUUCAGGCCUGGCACCUUUGAUGGCUGUAUCAGUAUUUCUGCAGUGCAGUGGCUUUGUAACGCUGACAAGAAAUCACACAGCCCACCAAAGCGCCUCUAUCGAUUCUUCUCAACUCUUUACACUGCCCUGGUCCGAGGAUCCCGAGCCGUCCUGCAGCUGUACCCUGAGAACUCAGAACAGCUGGAGCUCAUCACAGCCCAAGCCAUGAGAGCUGGCUUUACUGGGGGAAUGGUGGUAGAUUACCCCAACAGUGCCAAAGCCAAGAAGUUCUUCCUUUGUCUCUUUGUUGGGACAUCUGGCACGUUACCAAAGGGCCUUGGUACUGAGAGUGCUGCUGAAGAGAUGCACCAGGCAAAGUUCACCAAUGAGAGGGCGCGCUUCAGAACCGCCAAGGGCAAGUCUGUGAAGAAGAGCAGGGACUGGAUCCUGGAGAAGAAGGAGCGCAGGCGGCGACAGGGCAGGGAGGUGCGAGCAGACACCAAAUACACAGGCCGGAAGCGCCGCCCUCGCUUCUGAACUGCUCUGCACACUGCUGCCCAGCAAAGUGGUGUGGUGGUCCUUCCAGCAAGCCUCCUGUGGAUGGCACAGAUGGACACCUCAGGCCUGGGACUGGCCAGUGUGGUUCUGGAAGGUGUAAACUGGCUCAGCUGCUGCCCAACAACGAAGCUUCCAGCCCUGUUUUCCUGGUGAAGGUAGAGUGGCAGCCAGUGCACUGGCCACUUGGUGUCUGCAAUACCAUUACUUAUUUUCCUGUGACUGCUGUGAGCCACCUGGAGCUCCAGGUGAGCCAGAACAUUAUGUUCAACCUCCUCACUAAACAGUCAACGAGUCAGAAGCCUUGCUGUGUCCUGCCCUCAGCACAGCGGAGCACAGAGGUGGUAAUGUAGCACCUGGUUCCCUGCCAGCUUCCCCUCUGCCUGCAGGCAGGAGGCAGACAGCACAAAGGUGUGUGGCCCAGGAGGGCAGACCUGCCUGCUGGCAGAGGUGGUGGUAUUCCCUUGGUGGUUGCUCCGGUGAGUGCUGCACACCAGACCCACCCUGUAUAUGUUUACAGGGGGCUGGUGUUGUCUACACCCCAGCCCUGCUUCCCCAAGCGCCUCCUCCCUUCCCCUGAAACAGUCAGGUGCCAGCUAGAGCUUUACAGUUACAAAUGUUUAUUCUACAUAAAAAUUCCACAAAAUGGGAAGCUGUUUUGCACCCAAAGCUUUGGGAGAAGAAAGGGAGGCUAGCAGAGAGGGGGAGGAAAAAGGUGGAGGAGAAAAGUGGCAACAUACAGUGUCAUCCAGCCCAGUGAGACAGAGCAAGCCAGGGUCAAGAUCCACAUAGAAAACAAGGACACUUAGCUCACAGUACAGCAACAGUAACAACUCCACGGGGGGAGUGGGGAGGGGGCUGGGAAAGCCUUCAAGUACAUUAAUUACAAAAGAAACAAUCCCCAGUUCAAGUGCAAGCUGUGCGUGCCCCACACUGCUCCUGGAAUACUGCAUCGCCAGGCUCCUGGCGCUGGGAGGGCAGGUGGCACUUGGAACAGGGGUGGUGGAACCCAAGGGACAAAGCAGUCUGAGGGUGGCAGGGGACUGGGGAGAACUGGGGAUUGGGGGUGGGGAGGGAAGGGCUGGAAAGAAAAAAAGUGAGAUGUUCUUCCCAAAGCACAACCACAGGUUUGGUGAUUCGGUCUGUACAUGCAACGACAGAUAGGUACAAAGGAACUGCAGGGGCUUCCCAUAGUGCAGGGGGAAUUAUUGCACCAAAACACCCUCCCCUCGCUGCGAGGACAGUGUGAGCCUGCCUGUGGGGCAGCAGUGGCAGCCUGCUCCUCGGCCUCCCUCGUGUCACAGCCUGGCACCACCGCCGCCUGCAGGACCUCCGGCACAGUGCAGAGGGCAGAGUCAGCGACUGUGGCCCCGUCUGGCUGCUGCUGCUGGGGGGCUGCUGGCGCUGGUGGUACCAACCGAGGAGGAGCAAGCGCCACAGUCCCGCCAGUGCUGGUCUGGGCCUUGUGCCUUGCCAGGGGUGGGCCACAGCCCUGAUGGUGCGUGAGCUUGUGCCACAAACAAACCCAACAACAACAGAAAAGACAUCUUGUGGUAGCAGUGGGCAUGGCUGCAGGGUGGGAGCCUGAGAGGAGCCUUUGCUGCCUGCCAGCCCAGGAGCAGCCCUGCCAGCAGUGUUAUUGCUUCCCCGAGGAGGGGGCCUGGUCUUCUUGCUGGCUCAGCAGAGCAGAGCACAGACUGUGUGGCAGGGAGCUGCACAGGGGCAGGAGCAGUAGACACUUGCACCAUCACCUCCAGCUCCUUUUCCUGUUGCCAAAGACUCUCUACAUGCGUGCCUCCUGCCCUGGAGGGGGUGCUCCAGAGCCAGCCUGCUGUUUGCAGGGCUCCUGGUGCCCCAAGCCCUUUGCACAGACAGGCUGCAGCGCUGUGGCUCACAUCAAUCACGGGACUGUGAAACAAAGGGGCUCUGGUCGGCUGUUCCCAUGGCCACACCU